AUGAUCAAAGUCAGUCACAACGGAGAUGACAAAUCAGGAAUCAAAGGAUGUUUCGUGUUGCAGAGGCGCAGGUUCGAGGCUCUCCCGGCGCUGCUGGCGGCACCUGGCCACCGCCGCCACCCGCACGCGGUCCCCGGCGCCGCGCUGGACCAGCUCACCUGCAGCGUGUGCGGCAGGGGCUUCAACGGCCGCAACCGCCGCCAGGACCUGGAGCGGCACGUGCUCACGCACACGGGCGUCAAGCCCUUCCAGUGCCCACACUGCCCGCACCGCACCAACAGGAUCGGGAACCUCAAGACGCACGUGUUCACGGUGCACCGCGACCUGGCAAGCCGCGGCCGACGCGGCGCCGACGGGCUGGGCCCCGCGCUCGGCCCCUCGGGACCCGCGCUCGCUCCUCCGUCGGGCCCUCCGCAUGCACCGAAUGUCCUAGCCGGCCACGCCCUCGCGGCGCCAGCGAUGUCCGAGGGAGAAAGAAAUACCCUUAAUCUCGCCGGGGCGCCAAGAUAGGAAGUAAAAUAUUCUUGUAUGAUGGUUGUGUUGUU